AUGUCGCCAUCAAUAUCCGUCGUGCAAGUGUCUCGUGCCCUCUUUUCGCAAUACCUACGACCUAUUUCAACCGCUGUAAAGCCUUUGCUAUCGCAAUGGCAGACCAGAUACAGCUCGCAUUCGCCCAUGGGCGCUCCGGGGCCAAAUUUGCGGAAGAAAGUUACCCUUAAUACCAUCCGCUCCAUGUAUAAGAAAGGGGAACCCAUCACCGUGUUGACGGCCCAUGAUUUCCCUAGUGGGCAUGUCGCGGAUGUUGCUGGCAUGGAAAUCGUCCUUGUUGGUGAUAGCCUCGCCAUGGUAGCCUUGGGUAUGGAAGACACUAGUGAAGUUCUCUUGGAGGAGAUGCUCCUGCACUGCCGUUCUGUGUCUCGCGCUGCAAAGACAGCCUUCACCGUCGGAGAUCUGCCCAUGGGAUCUUAUGAGAUUGCCCCCGAACAAGCCCUAGAAUCUGCCAUCCGGUUCAUCAAGGAAGGUCGCGUACAAGGCGUAAAGCUCGAAGGGGGCAUCGAAAUGGCACCGACCAUCAACAAAAUCACAACUGCUGGCAUACCUGUCCUAGGCCAUGUCGGACUGACACCACAACACCAAAAUGCUCUUGGAGGAUUUCGAGUACAAGGGAAGACAUCUGAAAGUGCAAUGAAAGUCCUUCAAGACGCUUUAGCGGUACAGGCUGCCGGUUGUUUCGCUGUAGUCGUCGAAGCAGUACCACAAGAAAUAGCAACUCUGAUCACGAAGAAGCUCUCGAUUCCAACUAUUGGUAUUGGUGCCGGAAACGGCUGCUCCGGCCAAGUCCUUGUCCAGGUUGACAUGACCGGCAACUUCCCACCUGGCCGCUUCAUCCCCAAGUUUGUCAAGAAGUACGGAGACGUAUGGAGUGAGAGUUUGAAAGCCAUCGAAGCUUACAGAGAUGAGACCAAGAGCCGUGCAUACCCUGCACCAGAGCACACAUAUCCAAUUCCGAAGGAGGAGGUGGAGAAAUUCGAGCGCAUGCUUGAUGCGAAAGAAGCUUGA